CACACGACUCGCGCAGAGCGCCUGAGCACGUCGCGAAAUGAACUUUUGUGGUUAUCUUUUACAAAUGGCGACUCACGGUGAAACACGCCGUGCCGUAUAACCCGCAAAACUGGUCCGGUUCGUUUUUGUCGUGUAAAUAAACGUAACGUUUAGCCCUACGUGUUCGUACAAUCGCACGAAAAGCGACCUUUGACGUGUGACAGAUUUAAUAAUCUUGUGCUAACAAACUCGUAAUAAUGGGAAACGCGAUGGCUGCCUCCGCACCUCCUCCGCCGCCUCCUCCGCCACCGGGUCCCGGGCUAAUGCCGAAUUUAGGAAAACCGGAUCCGUCCACGGAUGGUUAUGCGCCUACCGAGGCAUUCAGUCAAAUCGAAAAUCCGGGUUCCAUUGAGGAACUGCACAAAAAGUGUAAAGAUAUAUUUCCUAUAAAUUUUGAAGGAGCAAAACUGGUAGUCAAUAAAGGAUUGAGUAAUCAUUUCCAUAUUUCACACACUAUUAACAUGAGUUCUGUUAUACAAUCUGGAUACAGAUUUGGUGCAACUUAUGUUGGUACAAAACAGAUUUCUCCCACAGAAGCAUAUCCCAUAUUAUUGGGUGACAUUGAUCCAGCUGGAAAUCUUAAUGCCAAUAUUCUUCAUCAGCUUGGUUCAAGAUUAAAAGGGAAAUUGGCGACACAGGUACAAAGAAAUAAAUUUACUGCUGUUCAAAUGACAGCUGAUUACCGAGGGGAUGCAUAUACCUGUUCAUUAACACUAGGCAAUCCAGACAUUCUUAAUUGCUCUGGUGUUCUUGUUUUACAUUAUCUUCAAAGCUUGACACCAUCGCUUGCAUUGGGCGGUGAACUUGCGUACCAACGUGGGCCUGGCUUGCCAGGCGGUCAAGUUGCGUUACUAUCAGCUGCAGGAAGAUACACAUUUGGUGACUCUACAUUCAGUGGUAGCAUUAGUCCUUCCGCUUGCCACCUCUGUUUCCAUCAAAAAGCUAGUCAACAGUUACAAGUGGGUGUCGAAUUAGAAAUUAAUGCGCGAAUGCAAGAAUCAACGGCAACGAUCGCCUAUCAAGUCGAUUUACCUAAAGCGGAUUUAGUGUUUAAAGGUAGCGUAGAUACGACUUGGACGGUAGGAGCGGUCUUAGAAAAAAGAUUACAACCGUUGCCAUUCUCAUUCGCGCUCAGUGGUAUGCUCAAUCACAGCAAGCAGCAAUUUAGAUUAGGUUGUGGCCUAAUCAUCGGUUAAGAGCAAUGCGGCUAUGCAAUUUUCAAAAUGCAGAUCCAAAGGAAAUCAGGAAUUAUCCUUCACGUGCAGUCGAACGGUUACGUAUCUUAGGAUCUACAUGUCAUAUUGACUCCUUUCCGAUUUUAAUGGUUAUCAAGGCAUAUCGUUUCGUUAAAAAUAUGUUAAACGAUCAUGUUUGAUUAAAAGAGCUAUACAGAUUUCCAGAUUGGAUUUCUUGUUUUAAUACACCAAGUUUCUCUUAUUUUUAUAACAAUAUGCCAGUAAGAUAUUCAUAACUUUUUUAAAUUGAUAUCCUAUCUAUCAAAAUUUAAGUAUAUUUUUGUGAAUGAAACAUUGAAGCAUAACAAAAUUAAUAUAAAAUUAAUAUUUUCUAAUUUUAUUGUCAAUAUUUUGAACAAUUAUUGGCAAUAUAUUAACAUAUAUUAAUUUUUUAUUCAACUAGUUAUGGUCAGAGAUUGAAACUAGCAGUUGCAAAUGCUAUGUAUAACAAAUUUAUUUAAAACAAAACAUUGAAAAACAAUAGAUUCAUUUUCUGUUAUAUAUUAUUUCAUUAAAUAUAGUUAUUGAUAUUCUGUAAUUAAAGAUGUAGAAGUAUAUUACAAAGUAGAGAAAUUAUUAGAAAAAAAAUUGCUGUGUGAUGUUAUUUUCCAAACGUACAGAUCAAUUUUCUGAGAUUUUCUUAUUUUUAACAAAUAGAUAAAGUAUAUGUAUAACAUUAUCUUUAAUAAUAUGUAAUGCUAGCAUUUAUUUGAGAAAUGAUUACAAAUGUAAUGCAUUUCUCAUACAAAUCAUGUAAAGGCAGUUCUAUUUUAUAUGUUAUAUUUAUAUAAAAAUUGCUAAAUGUGUUCAUUGAAUUUGAUAUAAGUCUCGUGUUGAAAAUCUGCAAUUUAUAAAACAACAAAUGAUUUGUGAAUGUUCGCAUAUUUAAAUCUUUAAUCCAUUAAUUAUUGUUGGAAAAAAAAUUAUUGUAAAUAUGUCAUAUACGCAAAUACGACGAAAUGUUAUGUGCCACAAUUAAAAUAAUAUUAACUAUUUGGGGAUAAUAUCUACUUUGUACCGAUGAUUCAAUUCACUGCAAAUCAAAUGCGUAAUAUCCUUAAAAAUUAUUGAUAUAAUUUACUACAACGCACAUUAAUUUAUUACAACGCUCUAAUUAUUUCAAUAAUGAUGCAAAAUCUAUCUAAGAAGAAGCUAAAUAGAAGAUGUAUCCUCGAUUUGAAGAUACGGCCGCACGCGCGAAGAGAUCCAGGGUUUCUUACUCUUUAAUCUGUUUGUACACAAUUUUAUUGUAAGUACGACAGAAUAAAGUUGUAUAUUGUUGAACAAAAUCAA